AUGUUGAAUCUUUUAUUGAAGCAGGCGUCGGUGAAAAUAUCGUUCAAUUACACAACAGUGAAGAGUUGUAAGAAAUACUUGAGGGUGAGGUGUGUAGAUCUUACUUGUCGGUGGAUGGUGCGCGCAUGUGCUAUCAGAGAAUCGGGUUGGUUUCAUGUCCACAAGUAUGUGGGAGAGCAUACUUGUAGCGUUGAUCAUGUCAUGGGAAAGCACAAAAAUAUCACCGUUGAGGUCAUUGCCUCACUUAUUUUGAACUUUUUUGUCGACAACAAAGGUCCAAGCUCGAAAGAGAUUAAGAGGAUCGUAUUUAGGAAGCUACAUUGCAGGUCGGGCUAUUGGAAGCGUUGGAUGGCAGGCGUCAUUGCGAAAAACAUAGUUCGAGGUACACUCGAGCACAGAUAUGCAGUUCUUCUCGUAUUUUCAUAUAUUUUCAACGGCCUCAACCCCAGGUCUAUUAAUUCCCUUAUGGUCGAUGAGAAGUCUGGCAGGUUUAUUUACUACUUUAUGGCAUUUGGGGCUUCCAUCCAUGGAUAUUUACACAUGAGAAAGGUCGUUGCCGUUGAUGGCAUGCAUUUUUUUGGCAAGUACGAGGGCGUACUGCUGUUCGCUGUCGCUCAAGAUAUGCAGAAUUAUAUCUAUCCCUUAGCGUAUUGCGUGGUGGAUAAGCAGAACGAUGCAUCGUGGGGCUUUUUCUUCGAGAAGCUUAAGGCCUUUGUCAUCGACGAACCAGAGCUGUGCGUUAUCUCCGACAGAUAUGUAAGCAUAGCCAACGGCCUCACAAAGUAUUACCCGCUUGCGCAUUACGGUGUUUGUAUGAGGCAUCUCGGUGAAAAUCUCUGA